UUUGAUGUUUAAGCUAAAUUAUUUCCAAAUUUAGAAAUGAGUCAUUCUUUUUUAAAUGUACCAAAAAGGAAAUAGGUUCACAUAAAUUGGAACAGAAGGAGUAUGAUUUAACGAGAGGAGUAUGGGUUCACAUGAACCCAUAUCUUAGGAUCUAGAUACGCUUCUGGACCAAGACUCUUAGGGCUCGUUUGGUAUAAGGGAUAAUGGAUACUUAAUUCGGAGAUUAAAUUUGAAAUAAGUUUAUAUCACGUUUGGUUGGGAUAAUAUCAUGGGAUAACUGAUCCCGCAUAUAGUUAUCCCGAGAUUGUAGCAUUAUUGUUAUCUCUAUGGGAGGGUGGGAUAAUAACCCUAGGAUAAUUAAUACUAAGAUAACAUAUUUUAAACCUUCUAAAAUAUAAUCAUAAAUCUUACAACUUUAUGGAUUACAUAUUUUCUACGUAAUUCUGUGUUAGGAUCACAUAAUAAGCUAAAAAAAAGGAAGACUAAUAAAGCAGUUAAAGAACAACAUUCUUAUUUUCACAAUUGAUGCAGCAAAGAAAUCCAAUAACAAGAAUGAAGUACAUGAAGCUCAAUACGGUGGUGGAGGAUACCCUGCCGGAUACCCUGCCGCCAGAUACCCCGUUCCUGGUGGCGGAUAUCCUGAUGGAGGCNCCAAAGAAAUCCAAUAAUAAGAAUGAAGUACAUGAAGCUCAAUACGGUGGUGGAGGAUACCCUGCCGCCAGAUACCCCAUUCCUGGUGGCGGAAUCCCUGGCGGUGGUGGUGGAUAUCCUGAUGGCAGCCGUGGUGGUGGUGGCAAUCUUGGCGGUGGACGUGGACGCGUAGGUGGUGGAGGAUACUGCCUCUAUGGUUGCUGCGGCCGCCGGAAUUACAAUGGUUGCAGCAGGUGCUGCUCCUACAAAGGUGAGGCCAUCCAUGGAUAAGGUCACUAUAUAAAACCUUUGUACUU